AUGAGCAGCCCGUCAAAGCCAGAUGAUGCUGGCGAUGAAACUGUAUCAAUGACGGAGCUAGAAAACUCAUUUGCACGUGUUAUUCAAGAAUUGGUGAAUGAUAAAAGCUUAGAAAAAUUUAGAGUGGAAUAUGAAAAACUUCAUGAAGCUUUAAUAGCAUCCCAUGAGCAUAAUGAAGCACUAGUAAAGCGAGCAAGUGAAUUAAAUGCAGAUAUACUCAAAAACUCAAAACAAAUCGCAAACAUUAUCUCAAUUACUCAGCAAGACCAGAAAACAAUAGGAACACUACGAUCUGAAUUUGAAAAAGCAUGGAAUAUCAUAGAUGUUUCAUCCGAAAAAGAACAAAAAUCAAGAAUGAUCAUUGUGAAUCUUAAAAUAGAAAUCGAAAACUUAUCAAAACUUGUGGCUCUUGAACGAACACAAGAAAAGAUUAUCGAUAAUACACCGAUGCAAGAUGUUCAAGAUGAUAUAACAAAAAUCAAAGCAGAAAUUCAAAAGAAUUCAGAUUUAUUAACACAAUUACGAAAUGAUAUUGACAACACUAAGAUUGAGACAUCAUCGAUGAUAAAAUCUACUAAAGAAAUUGCCCCAGAAAUUGAAGAUUCAGAAAAAGAGAUUUAUGAAGGGAAGCAAUCAGUUGUAGAUCUAGGAGAAGAGAUAACAAAGAUUCAAAAUGAUACAACAGAAUUCCAAAAAGUAAUUAAGCAGCAAAUGGAUGAAACCGAACGUCUGAAAAACGAAAUACAAACUAAAAAGCAAAACAUCAACGAAAUGAAGAAAUUAAAGGUCAGAUUAGCAGAUGAUUACAAGAAUGAUGAAGCAGAUAGAACUUAUCAAAUUGUUGGCUUGAGGAAGACACAAAAAAUGUUAGAAGCUGCACAACAAAAGACAAAUGAAACUCUAAAAAUUAAAGAACGUCUGGAAAAAGAAAUAAUCGAAAAAGAAGAAAUGAAAAGGUCAUUACCAGAACAAAUUGUUGUAUUAGAUAAAGAACUGGAAGAUCUUAGACAUGAUGAUGCGGAACUCAAACGUUAUAAAAAAGAAUUAUCACAAACAAAGGCAGAAUAUAGAAAAGCUGUUCUUGAUAAUCAACAAAUUAUGACAAAUGCUUUGGUAGAAAUCAAUAGAAGUCAACUUGAUAUAAGAAAGAAACGUCUUGAUACAGAUGCUGCUGAUAAAAGCGUAAGAGAAUUACAAAAUAAAAUUGGAACUGAAGUAUCUUCAAACCAAUAUGUUGAAGCACUCAGUAGAUCAGUACAAGGAGAUAUAGUAUCACAAAAAGCUGCAAUUAUGGAAAAUUCAAGUGUUGCUGAUAAUAUCCAAAAAGAUAUAAAUGAAAAUAUCAAUCAAACAAGAGAAAAUAAUCAUAAUAUUAUCUCUGUAAAUCAAGUAAUAGAAAGUAAUCUUCAAAAGGUAGAUGAGUUAAACUUAAAGUUAAAUGAUAUACAAAAUGAAACACAUCAAAUAAGUACAUUAAAAGUUGCUGUUCAUAAUAAUUAUGUAACUUUGAAACGUCAAGUAAUCAAUGAAGAAAAGGCAAAUGAUGCAAUAAGAAGUGAAUUUAAUACUAUUAAAGCUCAAGCAUUUCAACUUAAAGAAGAAAUAAGGAAAUUGGAUGAUCAAGGAGCUCGUGAACAUCUUGUUUAUCUUAAUCUUCAAAAUGAACUUGAAUCAAUGAACGAAGAAAAAGAACAACUCGAGAAAGUUACAGAAGAACAAUAUAAAAAAGUUAAAGAACUUGAAGAAGAGAUUGAAAAUAAAAUACAUAUUGUUGGUCAAGGUGAUAUUGAUGUUUCUGUCCUCAAAACAACGAAUGACAAAAUUAGUAGUGAUAUUCGAAUGAUAAAGAAUGGUAUAGCGCAGAAUUUGUUGGAAAUACAAGAACAACAUUCCAAGAUCACAUCAAUGACUAAUGUUUUAAAUCAAUGUAAGAACUCUUUUGAAGAAAUCAUUGAUAAAAUAGAAGAAAGUAAAGAAACUUUGCAAAAAGCUCUUGUAAGAAGAGAUAAACUCAACUAUAAACUUAAGACUUGUAAAGCUCUUCAAGAAGAAUACAAAAGAUUAUUCAAAGAACUCAUUUAUUAUCAAGGCCUCAGUGUUGCAAUCGAACAAGAACUUAGUAGUCCAAUAACUGUUAACAAAUGGGUUUUCCUGGAACAUACAGAUCCAGAAAAGGCUAAUUUGUUGAGAUUCAAAUACAAAUUAAUAGAUGAAAUCACCGCUGCUGUGAAUAAAUGCAAUAAAUUAAGAAUCACUGAGAAGAAUACACGUGAUAAACUAACUAAGGCAGAAACAACAUUAAGAAGACUUCAUUGUAACCAAUAUCUUGAUCAAAUCAAUGAAUUAAAUCAGACUUUGAAUGAAAAGCAAAAAGAAUUGGAUAACUUAGAAAUUAAAUUCGAAAACAAGAGUCCUGACGUUCUCAAAAAACAAGCAGAAAUUGAUACAAUAAGAGAUGAACUUCGAUCAGAAAAAAUGGAAAGAAAUGUCAUCAAAAAAUUAUUAUUAACUGCCCGUGCAUCGACAGCAAACAACAGAGAAAGGUUCAGACCAUACAAGAGAAGACACCGUGGAGAUAGUGUUUUCGGUGGUGGAGGAUUCGCUCUUCCUUUGAAUAACUCUGAAGCAUUGCCUCUUGUUAAAGCUCCUCCACAAAAUAACAACAGAGUUAUACAAAGUGCAAGAAAAGAAAAUUAUAAUUUGCCGAGAUUGAACUUGAAGACUGCAACAGAUUCUAAAAGAGCUUCUGCGGAAGAAUAUCAAUAUGCUGUGCGUCCUCCUUCAUCAAAACCCUUGGUUCCUCGAAGUUCUCGACGCAAAAAAGAAUAA